AUGUGGCCUUCUUGCAACGUAAAAGUUCGCGAUUUCUGGAUCGGCACUUCCGUCACUCUGAGACGGUGUUUGAAGGUGGGGGCUACCAUGGCAAAGAGCAAAUUCGAGUACGUGCGGAACUUCGAGGCUGACGACACCUGCCUGGCCCACUGCUGGGUGGUGGUGCGGCUGGACGGCAGGAAUUUCCAUCGGUUUGCUGAGAAACACAACUUUGCAAAACCUAAUGACAGCCGUGCUCUCCACCUAAUGACCAAAUGUGCCCAGACUGUAAUGAAAGAACUGGAGGAUAUUGUGAUUGCAUAUGGACAGAGUGAUGAGUACAGCUUUGUGUUCAAGAGGAAAAGCAAUUGGUUUAAAAGAAGAGCGAGUAAGUUCAUGACUCACGUGGCUUCCCAGUUCGCCUCCAGCUAUGUGUUUUAUUGGCGAGAUUACUUUGAGGACCAGCCCCUUCUUUAUCCCCCAGGCUUUGAUGGAAGAGUCAUAGUGUAUCCUAACAACCAGACCUUAAAGGACUACCUCAGUUGGCGGCAAGCAGAUUGUCACAUCAAUAAUCUGUAUAAUACAGUUUUCUGGGCACUUGUACAACAGUCUGGACUAACACCAGUACAAGCCCAAGAGAGAUUACAGGGAACUCUUGCAGCAGACAAGAAUGAGAUUUUGUUUUCCGAAUUCAACAUCAACUACAACAAUGAGCCUCUGAUGUAUAGGAAAGGGACUGUGUUGAUAUGGCAGAAGGUGGGUGAAGUCACAACAAAAGAAGUUAAACUGCCAGCAGAAAUGGAAGGAAAAAAGAUGGCGGUGACCCGGACCAGGACAAAGCCAGUGCCUUUAUAUUGCGAUAUAAUCGGGGAUGCUUUUUGGAAGGAACAUCCAGAGAUCCUGGAUGAAGACAGCUGAUCCUUUGCUUUUUAGCCCUGGCAUGCUUAACCAUGCAGGACCCCCUAAGUCUCCUGGCCUUAGGUGCCCUAGGAACCCUGCUACGAAGGACAGUGUGCUAGUAGUGACACGACUGGUUCGAAAGGGAGCAGGGAAAGAAGGGGCGGUAGGGGUGGUUAUCUUGUUCUGCUUUAAGUAGAACCUUUUUUUUUUUUUACAAUGUUGGAACAUGGUUCCUUCUGUAGAAGUGCAUUUUUUUUCUUAAUCGUGGUGCUAUUUUUAUAAAGCAAGAACUAUUUUAUGCUAGGCAGAAUGAAUCAUUUUUAGAUUGUGGCAUAAGUCUUAUAAAAACUUGUCAAGCUUUUUCCACCUAUGACAGAACAUGAAUCCAAACUUUACUCUCAACCACCUGUUCUUAACUACAAAAUGCACUAACCUUGAAAAUCUCACCUUUCCUACCCGUGUACUUUGACCUGGAGAUAAAUAAUAGGUUGGUGGCUGCAUGAUGCCUCUGAAUUCAGGAAUUCCAGGGAGAAUCAGGGUUUUGUGCCAGUUUCCAAGUUGGCAACUUUGGCUGAACAAAUUUGUGGUUUGGAAGACCUUGUGUAAACAUUCCAUAGAUUGAUUUUGUGGAGUUGUCAGCAUGAUCAUUGUCUCACCAAGGGUAUUUUCAAGGCCACUUAACCUCUUUCUAAAAAGAAAGAGAAUUAUGUGUAUAUGAGAAAAAAAAGUGUGAGAAUGAAUGAUGAGGAAAAAACAUUGAUUCCGUGUCCUCUAAAUACUUCAGUUUUAAAAGUUACCUUCCUGCUGGACUUCCUGAAAAGGAUUCUCAGGUAGCCUCUAUGUAAUCAGAAUACUGACAUUUGAAUGAGCGGAGUGGUCAACACUCCCCUUGGGGGCACAAGUGGCAGGUGUCCUGGGCACCUAAUAGUUCCACCUGCUGAUGGGCCAGUGUAGAUGGGGGAGGAGCAGCAUAGAGUAGCAGCAGUAAUGGCACAUUGCCAAGUUGCUGGCCUCUGAAGUGAGGAUAGGUGGUGAGAGAACUCACAUUGCCUGUUGUCCUCGUGUCAUAUUUCAGAGGAAGAUUAUUUGGCUCUAUUAAGAAUUAAUCAAGGGCGCCUGGGUGGCUCAGUUGGUUAAGCGACUGCCUUCGGCUCAGGUCAUGAUCCUGGA